GCCCCCACCAUGGUGUCCAUGGGGCUCCAGCUGCUGGGCUAUGCCGUGGCGUUCCUGGGCUACAUCGGCACGCUGACGGCCACGCUGCUGCCCAGCUGGAAGACCAGCUCCUACAUCGGCUCCAGCAUCGUAACAGCCGUGAGCUUCACCAAGGGGCUAUGGAUGGAGUGUGCCACAUACAGCACGGGCAUCACCCAGUGUGACAUCUACAGCUCCCUGCUCAACCUGCCUGCUGAUGUCCAGGCGGCCCAAGCCCUGAUGGUGAGCUCCUGCACUGUCUCCUCCCUCGCCUGCCUCCUCACCGUUGUGGGCAUGAGGUGCACCGUCUUCAGCCAGGGCUCGCCGAACAAGGACCGGGUGGCAGUGACAGGCGGUGCAGUCUUCAUCCUCGGGGGGCUGCUCUGCUUCAUCCCGCUGGUGUGGAACAUCCAUGUGGUGUUGCGGGAUUUCCGCAACCCUGUCAUCCCUGACAGCAUGAAGUUCGAGCUUGGGGAGGCACUUUACCUGGGCAUCAUCUCCUCUCUCCUCUCCCUUGUCGGUGGCAUCAUCCUCUGUGCCUCCUGCCCUGCCCGGGACCCAACAGCCACGUAUGCAAGUAGCUACCAGCCCCGGCUGCUGGCGGGCAAGAGCCCCCAGCCCUCCGUCAGCCAGACGCAGAAGACCAAGAGCGAGCUCAACUCCUACAACCUGACAGGAUACGUGUAGUGUGGGUGGGAACUGGGCUGGCAUCUCUCCCUGCUCCUCAAAGCAUCUAGGCUAGCACCAAGGGAGCACACGAAGGGGAGAGGACACGGCCGUAUCUGCCGCGCUCAGCCCUCUUGCUCACGUGCUUAAUGGGUUUGAACCUGCUCUCUCCCCAGGGAUCCCAAGAGCCUUGUGACUGCUCAGAGAUCCCAGCUGGUGGCUUGCAUUGGUGAAGGACUCGGAAUCUGGCUUCUGUUCCCUCCUCCAUGUUGCAAGCCUGCAGGCAGCCCCUGGCACAGUGGGACCCCAGCCUGCAGCCCCAGCAAGCCUGCCUGGAUGGGGGUGGGUGGGCUUGUGCCCCCAGCGACCAGCCCCACUGGCCACGGAGGUAUCACAGCAGGGUCAGGGGGUCUGCGUGGGUCUGGAGUCACUGCUGGGAGGGUUUAAUGCUGGUUGCAAACCAAUGUCGCAAUAAAUCUGUGUUUCUA